AUGCCCAAGCCUGCGCCCUCCGAGCCCAUUGCCAUCAUCGGCAUUGCGUGUCGCUUUGCUGGCGGUGUCGAGUGUCCUGAAGACCUCUGGAACCUCUGUGCCUCUGGGAAGGACAGCUGGUCCUCCAUACCGGAAGACAGAUUCAAUGCGUUAGCAUGGUAUGAUCCUGAGGGCACUCGGGACGGAAGACACAACAUCAAAGGCGGAUACUUCCUCAAUCGCGAUGUCUCCCAUUUCGACGCCGCGUUCUUCAACCUUCCGGGGGAUGUGGCCAGUUCCCUAGAUCCCCAAAUCAGGAUGUUGCUGGAAGUGACGUACGAGUCCAUGGAAGACGCCGGGCUCCCCCUUGACAAGCUGGCCGGUUCCAACACGUCAGUGUAUACAGGCACUUUCAACAAGGACUACCAUGAGAUGCAGACGAGUGACCCAGAGAUGAUGCCCCACUACUUCGCCGCAGGUACUGGUACGGCUAUGCUGUCGAACCGCAUCUCGUACAGCUUUGACCUGCGCGGCCCCAGUUUCUCCUUGGACACGGGUUGCUCGUCUGGAAUGGUGGCCUUCCACCAGGGCUGCGAGAGCAUCCGCACCGGGCAGUGCGACAUGUCGAUUGUGACUGCGGCGAAUCUCAUGUUGCACCAGGACUCGUUCAUUGGGAUGUCCAAUUUGAGUGCCACCGGCGCAGACGGGAGAUGCUACGCCUGGGACGCACGAGCAAGCGGCUAUGGCCGCGGCGAGGGCGUUGCGUCGCUCAUCCUCAAGCCUUUGUCUGCCGCACAGCGUGACGGCGACCAGAUCCAUGCCGUGAUCAUCGACAGCGGCCUCAACCAGGACGGAAAGACAACCACCAUCUCCUCGCCAUCCAUGGAUGCCCAGGUGACACUCAUCCGCGAGUGUUACCAGCGUGCGGGGCUCGACAUGGCCGACACAGCCUACGUCGAGGCGCACAUGACAGGCACGCCGGCUGGCGACCCCGUCGAGGCGGAGGCUCUCGCUCGGACCUUCGGCGCAAGUCGCCGUCAGAAGAGCAACGACGGGGCAGACGACGUCACUGAGGCUGCUGAGUCGCUGCUCGUCGGCUCAGUCAAAACAAACGUUGGCCACACGGAGCCUGUGAGCGGGUUGGCGGCCAUUCUCAAGACCAUCUACGUGCUGAAGCACGGCGUGAUCCCGCCCAACCUCAACUACGAGACGCCGCACCCGAGCAUCCCGCUGCAAGAGUGGCGGCUGCGGGUGCCGACGUCAGUCACUCCCUGGCCGAAGUCCAAGGCGCUGCGCGCCUCUGUCAACAACUUUGGCUAUGGCGGCACCAACGGGCACGUCAUCAUGGAAGCAGCGCCGGCGGCACGCGAAGCUCGGGAGAAGCAGUCACGGGUGUACGUUGUGAGCGCAAAGGAUUCGAGCGCCGUCAAGUCCAUGGCUGCCAACCUUGCCUCGUUCCUGCGCAAGGCUCUCAAGCAGCAUGCCAGCAUCCCUCAAGAUGAUGCUGCCAAAUCCGGCGAGGAAGGCGCAAUGCUGGCCUUGCCUAACUCGUCAGACCUCGCGUACACUCUGUCGGAAAGACGCUCACUGCUUCCCUGGGUGAUUGCCGUGCGCGCUUCCAAUCUCGAGGAGCUGGCCGACCGGCUGGAGGAUCCAGUGUACAACAGGCCUGCACACUCCAGCAAGCGGGCCGCCCGGAUCGGCUUUGUGUUCAACGGGCAGGGUGCCCAGUGGCAUGCCAUGGGCAGAGAGCUGAUCUUUGCCUACUCAGAGUUCGAGCACGGUGUCCGGCGGGCAGAAGAGGCGUUGAAGGAUCUUGGAGCAGGCUGGUCACUAUAUGACGAGCUCACCCUUCGUGACGAGACGACCACACGCGUCUCGGACGUCGACCUUAGCCAGUCAAUGACGGUCGCCGUGCAGAUCUGCCUGGUCGACCUGCUACGGUCGUGGGGCAUUCAUCCCACGGCCAUGACGAGUCAUUCCAGUGGCGAGAUCGCGGCGGCGUAUGCCGCGGGCGCCGUGUCGUUCCGGGAGGCUCUCGGCAUUGCGUACUGCCGUGGUGCAGUUGCUCUCGAGUAUCUCUCGAAGCACCAUGACCAACCAUGCACCGACGGUUCUGUAGAGGCCGAGAAGCAACAGCAGAAGCAGGGCGGCAUGCUGGCUGCAGGCCUUAGCGCCGAAGCUGCCGAGGAAUACGUCGUCGCCGUCAACAGCAGCACCGUUGAUGGCGAGUUGAGCCCAUCCAAAGCGCUCGUGGCGUGCAUCAACAGUCCCACAAGUGUCACGCUGUCCGGCGACGUGGUCGCGAUCGAACAGCUCGCGACCAAGCUGAACGACGACGGCGUGUUCAACCGCCGCCUCAAAGUCCCCAUGGCGUACCAUUCGCAUCACAUGCUGGAUCUUGCGGCCCAGUACACAGAGAUGCUUAGGGACAUCCUCCGGGAUGAUGACCAUCAUCAUCUCGAGACGGAGCACAAGGACAUACUGUUCUCGUCCCCCGUGACUGGUGGAUUGCUGCACCCAAACACGGCCAGGAAGACCCUACGAAGGCCCGAGCACUGGGCGCUGAACAUGACCAACCCAGUGCUCUUCAGCCAGGCCUUCGAAGACAUGUGCUUCGGCUCGACGCCCGAAGACGCGGCUCCAGGCAGCGGCAACCCGUCCAAGCCGCAACAGGCAAACGUCGACGUGAUCCUUGAGAUCGGCGCGCACAGCACGCUGUCUGGUCCGAUUCGGCAGAUCCUCAAGGCCCGCGGCGGCAACACAGACCUACCGUACGUCUCGUGCCUCAAGAGGCCCGUCAGCGCCGUCGAGACUAUGCAGAGUCUCGUCUGCAGUCUGAUCGGGCACGGAUACCCCGUGUCUCUGUCUGCUGUGAACUCUCCCGCCACUGCUACCACUCAGCACAAAUUCGUCACCGGCCUCCCAGCAUACCCCUGGAACCACGCGUCACGGUACUGGGUCGAGCCGCGGAUCAGCAGGGAGCUCAGACACCAAGCAGCGCGCCCGCACGAGCUCUUGGGCACACGCAUGCCCGGCACAGCAGGCAACAGUCCAACGUGGCGCAACCUGCUGCGCCUCGCAGACGUUCCGUGGCUGCAGCACCACCAGGUCGACUCCCAGAUCGUGGUUCCCGGCGCAGCAUACCUCUCCAUGGCGAUCGAGGCGAUCCGCCGCCUGCUGCCGGGAGGUGUGUCGGAGGCCGGGACCGGGGGUUACAAGCUUCGGAACGUUGAGAUCAUGAACGCCCUCGUGGUUCCUGACGGCAGCAGCAGCAGUAGCAGUGCUUCCUCGGUGGAGACGCAGCUCACUCUGCGCAAGUGCGAUGACAAGGUGCUCGACCACCAGGGCUGGUACGACUUUGAGGUGUCGUCGCUGGGGCCGAGCAGUAGUAGCUGGGUUGAAAACUGCCGCGGUGGCAUUGCCCUGGAGAAGGCCGAUGUCGUCAAGGUGUGCACUGCGAUCGACGUCGUGGUGCCCGACGAGCGGACGUAUCUCGACAGCGACAACCGUCUUGAUGCCGCCAGUGGCGGCAGUGACGGCGAAAAGCAGCGGCAGCAGCACCACCGCAAGGUCGACCUCGACGCCAUGUUCGCGGACCUGCGCGAGCGCGGAAUCCACCACACCCCUCCCUUCCAGAACCUCACGGAUAGCACAGCCGCGUCGUGCCGGGCCGUGACCAACCUGGUCAUCCCGGAUCUGGCGUUCUCGUCGUCCUCAUACAUGAUACACCCGACGACGCUCGAUUCCAUUUUCCUCGCCACGUACAGCAGCCUGCCGCAAGACAUGGAUGGGGACGUCAUGGUACUGCCGCGCUCGAUACGCUCCAUGUACGUCCCGCGAGACCUGGGCCGGGAGGGCGGCGACAAGCUGGUCGCGUUCACCGAGCUGACGAGGUCGAACCGGUGGGGUUGCACGUCGAAUGCCAUCGUUGUGAACAAGACCAAGGACGACGACAAUGCCGUGUUCCAGAUGAAGGGCUUCUUUGGCCAGGCUGUCUUGCGUCACUCGUCUCGUGCUGUGGGCGGCAACGAGGACGACCAGGAGCAGGGCGGCAUGUGUGCCAAGAGCUGCUGGGAGCCCGACAUGCUGCACAACAUCCCCGCGUCCUUUGCCGAGUCGAUGCGCGUCGAGCUCGAAGAGUCCGAGGCCGUCACGGAGCGGCGCAUCGUCCUGGCGUCGUUCUACCUAAUCCAUGACGCCGUGGUGGAGCUCGAGCGCCGGAUCGAAGCAGGCACGACAUCCCCUGCCUCCUGGCCGUGGCACCACCAAAAGUUCUUUGCCUGGAUGCAAGGGGUCGUGGAGCGCGCCGACCGCGGCGAGCUGGGCUCCGGCAGCGAGCAGUGGAAGUCGCGGUCGCGCGGGAUGCAGCAGAUGCUGAUAGACGAGAUGUGCGCAGACCAGGACCCGUCGGGCCACCUGGUGGCGCGCGUGGGCGAGAAGCUGGCGGCCAUUGUGGCGGGCGACGUUACCUCGCCGCUCGAGCUCAUGAUGGAGGGCGGCCUCCUGCACGAGUACUACGAGCACACGGGCGUGCUCACGACGCGCACGUACCGCCACCUUGGGCGCGUCGCGGAGCUCUUUGCCGUCAAGAACCCCGGGGCCCACGUCCUCGAGAUCGGAGGCGGCACGGGCGGCGCGACGCGAACGGUACUCGAAGCCUUCGCGGCCAAGCGAGAGGCCGGGCUCGGGGGCUCGCUGAUCGGCAGCUACACGUUCACCGACAUCUCGUCGGGCUUUUUCCCUGCGGCCAAGAAGAAGCUUGAGGCGUGGGGCAGUGUCGUCCAGUUCCGGCAGCUCGACAUCGAGCAGGAUCCCGCGCUGGCUGCUGGCCCCGGCCAAGACGGAGACGCAGAGUACAGCCAGCCGCUCCGGGCGGGCGGGUAUGACCUCAUCGUGGCGUGCGGCGUCCUGCACGCGACCAAGAACCUGACGACGACCAUGACGCACGUGCGCAAGCUGCUGAAGCACGGCGGCAAGCUGCUCAUGAUUGAAAUGACCCGCGACCGGCUCACCGAGCAGCUCAUCUUCGGCACGCUGCCGGGUUGGUGGCUGGCCGAGGAGCCGUACCGGCAGGGCCGGGGACCUAACGCGUCUGUCGCGGAGUGGGACGCGGUGCUCAAGGAGGUCGGAUUCGACGGCGUGGCCUUUGAGAAGUACGACUUUGAGGAGGAGGAGUUUCAGCACACCAACGUCCUGCUGUCGACGGCGAUUGAGCCGUCCAGGCGCGUAAGGGGUCCCAUCUCCAUCGUGCAUCGUCACCCAGUGGGCGAAGCCGGCAGCGACAACAAGAGCAGUGCAUGGACGCACAAGCUCAUUGACGAGAUUGAGAGCAAGACGGGCAUCCGGCCCAUCGUCGAGAGCCUAGAACAGGCGGCCGGAAAUGCCGCCAGCGCCCGGGAGAGCGAUGGGCGCGAGGACAUGGUAUACAUCAUGACGGCGGAAAUGGAGCAGCCGCUCACGGCAGACAUGGACGAGGCGACAUUCGGCCUGGUGCGCAGGCUGUUGCUCAACACCCGGGGCGUGCUAUGGCUCAGCUGCUCAAGUGCCAUGGACGGCCUGGGCGACCCGGCGUUUUCGGCGACGCAGGGCCUACUGCGGACACUGCGCCACGAGGACAGCUCGAGCCGGUGUGUGCAUCUCGACUUUGCCCGCGGCGGCGGCGGCGGCAGUGGUGAUGACGGCAAUGUGUGGCGGGACGACCAGGUGGCGCACGUUGUGCAUGUGCUGGCGGAGAGCUUUACGGAAGGCGUCGACGCGGCCGACGUCGAGUGGGAGUACGCGGCCCGGGGCGGGGCGCUGUAUGUGCCCCGGAUCUACCCGGACAAGGUCCAGGACGCCGCAGCCCUCGCCCAGUCCGACGGCCCCACCUUGGCGCCGGAGCCGGAGCUCUUCCGCCAGCCCGGCCGGCCGCUUCAGUGCAUGACGGCCAAGACGGGCCUGCUGGGCGACAUGUUCUGGACUGACAAGGCCGGCAUCACCGGGGUGCCAGUGCCGGCCGGCAUGGUCGAGGUCGAGGCGCGCGCGUUCGGCAUCAACUUCCGGGACGUGAUGCUGGGGCUCAACCAGCUCGACAACUCGCUCGUCGGCCACGAGGCGGCGGGCAUCGUGACACGGCUGGGCCCCGGCGCCGGCGAGGCCAGCGGGCUGGCGCUGGGCGACCGCGUGUGCGUGCUCCCUUGGGGCAUGUAUGCCAGCACCGCCCAGGCCGACUGGACCAACGUGUGCAAGAUCCCCGAGGGCAUGUCGUUUGAGGACGCGGCCUCGAUCCCGCUGACGUACGUGACGGCCUACAACGCCCUCGUGCAGAUUGCGCGCAUGCAGCCGACGGACUCGAUCCUCAUCCAUGCGGCCACGGGCGGCGUCGGCCAGGCCGCCAUUGUGCUCGCCCAGCACUUUGGCGUCGCCACGCGCAACAUGUACGUGACCUGCAGCUCCGAGGCCAAGCGCCGCCUGCUCGUCGACGAGUACGGCAUCCUGCCGCACAACAUCUUCUCGAGCCGCGACACGUCCUUUGUGCAGGGCGUCAUGGCCGCCACGCGAGGCCGGGGCGUCGACAUUGUGCUCAACUCGCUCUCGGGCGCGCUGCUGGGCGCCUCGUGGGACUGCGUGGCGCGCUUCGGCCGGUUCCUCGAGAUCGGCAAGGUCGACCUCGAGGCCGGCCGCGGGCUCGAGAUGACGCCCUUUGGCCGGUGCGCCGUCUACGCGGGCGUCGACAUCCUGCAGCUCGGCCGCUACGACGGCGCCCUCAUGCGCGACGCCCUGCUCAACAGCGUCCGCAUCUGCCACGAGCGCAGCCUCGCCAGUGGCGGCGCGAAGAGGCCCGCCGUGCCCAUCACCGUGUUCCCCAUUGCCGACAUGGAGCGCGCAAUGCGCCAGAUGCAAGGCGGGUCGCACAUGGGCAAGCUCGUCCUGGUCCCGGGCGAGGGCGACAUGGUGAGAGUCGUCUCGCGCCCGCAGCCCGUCUCGCUGGCCAACCCGGACGCGACAUAUCUCAUCGUGGGCGGGCUGACGGGCAUCGGGCAGGCCAUUGCAGAGUGGAUGAUGGUGGAAAAGGGCGCGCAGAACCUCGUGCUCGCCUCGCGCAACGCGGCCUCGCACCCGGACGCGGGCAAGAUGCACGAGAUUGCCUGCAGGCGUGGUUGCAACCUGGCCAUCCGCGACUGCGACAUCGCGGAUGAGCAGAGCCUGGUCGCACUGCUUGCCGAGUUCUCCUCUUCACCUUCGCUUCCACAAGAAGGGCAGGGAGAACCCCAAGCCAAGAUGAUGCCGCCGAUCCGCGGCGUCGUCAACGCAGCCAUGGUGCUCGACGACACGGUCUUUGAGCGCAUGACCUACGCCCAAUGGACCCGCGCCGUCCGCCCCAAGAUCGCAGGCAGCUACAACCUCCACAAGCACCUCCCCUCCGACCUGUCCUUCUUCAUCCUCCUCUCCUCCCUGACCGGCGUGGCGGGCCACACGUCCCAAGCCAACUACGCAGCAGGCAACACGUUCCAGGACGCACUAGCCCGGCACCGCACCGCGCACGGGCAGGCCGCGGUGUCGCUGGACCUGGGCGCCGUCGAGUCCGUGGGCUACAUUGUCGAGCAGAUGGAGAAGAACAAGGACGGCAGCGUCAGCGACAACGUGCGCGACCGCUUCGCGAGCAAGUUUGGCUUCAGCUCCAUCGGGCUCGACGUCGUGCUGCGGCUCGUCGAGCAGGCUAUCCGCGACCCGCUCCGCGCGAGGCCGGACUUGAGCCAGGUCAUUGUCGGGCUGUCCGAGAUUGCCGGCGGCAACAACAAGGAUAAGAAGAAGAAGGAGAAUGGUCGUCAGUCUGCAGAGCAGGACUACGCUGCCGCCAGACGUGAUCGCAGAUUCGGCACCCUGGCGCUCGCGGACCGGCGAGACUUUGACGGCGCGCAGAACAAGUCCUCAUCUGCCGCGGGGGGCAAGAGCCGGAGCAGUAACCCCACGGCGGCCUUGAUACAGGCUCUGACCAACCUGGCCACAGCCGUAGUCGACCCUUCCCUCCCGCUCUCGCACUACGGCGUGGACUCGCUCGUGGCCGUGGAGCUGCGCAACUGGCUCGGCAACGCGGCAAAAGCUAAAGUCACCAUCUUUGAGAUCCUCCAGAGCGCGUCUAUCGCCGAGUUUGCGGGCGUCGUGGCGGGGAAGAGCGAUUUGGUCGCCGCGGCGGUGGCUGCCAGCGCCGGUAGUGGUGCUGCUGCGUAGAGAUCGGGAGAGGGAGAGGAAAGAGAAGCCAUGUAUGACCAAGCUGCGAAAGUGAAAAUCCCAGGGUGGAAACGUGUGGACAUGUCUAAAUGAGCAGAGGAACAGACCUGUACGGAAAUCCGAAACGUGCUCCAAGGCAAUCUAUGGGAUAACUGCGCUCACAUGCCCCAAUGUGUUCGUGAUCAACGACAUAUCCUUCCCACCGACUAGGCACUCUUGAAGCUCAAGGGUUCCUAUUUCCACUAGUCAAGUCAAG